AUGCUCUUUCCUGGCGGGCUCAUGCGCGUGGGUGGCCGCCACCUGCGCGGCAGCAAGCUGCUGCCGCUGCUGCAACGCCGCCUCGCGCUCGCCGUGGGGACGAACCGCUUCAGCCACCAGGUGGUGGCGCUGGCGGCGGUGCUGUGCGCGCUGCUGGCGCUGAACGUGCUCUUCUACCUCUUCGGCGGCAUCUCCAUCGAGUUUGUCACCGACGACCCGCUCCCCGACCUCCCCUCGCUCUGGCGCGGCGACGCGCAGCCGCCCCCGCGCGGGCGGCAGUGCGCGGCGUGGCUGGCGGAGGUGGACCCCACGGGCGCGGGGAGCGAGCAGCGCGACUGGCAGCGCCAGCCCGUGGUGGUGGCGGCGGGGGAGAACAGGCGCGUGCAGGGCUGCGCCGUCGGCUGCCUCUUCACGCGCGCUCCUCCGGACCAUGACGCCUGCGAUGCCGCUGUGGUAGCCUCGCCAGCACCAGGAGCAGGGGAGGCGGGCACUGGAGCAGAGGAGGGGGAAGGGGGAGGGUCAGCAGCGCCACCGGGGGUGGCAGAGGAGGGGGCGGCGGCGUGUGGGUACGCGGUGGUGUGGCAGCGCGGGCCCAGGGGCGCCGUGGUGAUGCCCAACGCAUCUAGAGUGGUGGCCAUGACCAGCAGCCUCAGCUCGGAUGUCCCCCUUGGUAUGUCCCAUGUCGUCAUGGCCCUUGGUACGUCCCAUGUCGUCAUGGCCCUUGGUACGUCCCAUGUCGUCAUGGCCCUUGGUACGUCCCAUGUCGUCAUGGCCCUUGCCUGCAACUCAAGUCAGCCCCACCACUCCCAUUGCACCCCUUUCCUGCCGCUGCCUGCCUGCAGCGUUUCAUCUGUUCAUCUUCUCUGCCUGCUUCAAUGCUGGAUGGGUGAUGUUACUCUCAAGCAUGUGCUCUUCCUUGUUCAUCUCCAAUCCCCCCUCAUUUCCCAAUCCCCCCUCAUUUCCCAAUCAUCCCCUCCCGCUCUACCCCCUUUUUUUUCUCUCCUGCCAACCCGUUCAAACGCAACCGCUCCACAAGCCACUCACUUGCCGCCGGCCCUUGCGGCAGCCAGGCUGGACUUCAUAGCACAGGUGGAGUGCCAGGGCUUGCCCGUGCAGCUGGUCGACCCCUGCCUGCCCGCCGUCCACCCCGGCCUUCUCCCUUGCAAUCCCCCCCUCCCUUCCCUUCCAAUCCCCCCCUCCUUUCCAUUCCGCCCCUCCCUUGCCAUCCGCCCCGCCCUUGCAAUCCCCCCGCCACCCAAAGCCAGGCUGGACUUCAUAGCACAGGUGGAGCGGCAGGGUGUGGCCGUGCAGGCACUGGGCCCCUGCCUGCCCGCCUCUGACCCCGGCCACACCUCGCCGGCAGUGCUGCAGCGGCGGCUGUGCGACCACCGCUUUGUGCUGCUGUUUGAGGAGCUGGCGCCGCUGCACGUCAUGUCGCCACACUUCUGGGCUGCGCUGGCGUGCGGCACCGUGCCCCUCGUGGUGGCCAAGGGCAGCAUCGCGCUCUUCUCCCCCGCUGACAACGCCUUCCUGCAGGUGCUUGGUGCUGCACGCAUGAACAGUGUUGCAAUCCGUGCUGCACUUGCCGCACCCGUGGGGCGGGGGGACGAGGUGCGGCAGGUGGGGGAGUGGGCGGGGUAUCUGCAGCAGUCACAGCGGGCCUACAGCGACAUGACGCGCUGGAAGGCCGACGUGCCCUCCGAUGCCUUCCUCGCCCUCCUCGACCUCUCCAUCGUCCCGCCGCACUGCCGCCUCUGCAUCCACCUCGCCACCAAGCAACUGGUGGCGUGGGAUGAGAGCAGCACGCGGAAGGUGUGUCGGUGCUGGGAGGAGGGCACCAACACCACCCUCUACCACCUCUACGUGCGCGAGCGCGGCACCUUCGCCUUCCACUCCCUCUUCCUCAAGUCAUCGGAGCUCACCAUGGCGCACCUAGUGCGGGCCAUCUACCGCCUCUACCACCGCCUCGACUACCGCCCGCUCUGGCACGGCCACCGCCCCGACGCGCUGUCCGCAGGCGGGGCGGCAGCGGUGCGCGUGCUGCGCGUGUACCCGGUGGAGUCAUCCCAGGAGAUGGUGCUGCAGGGGUCGGGGGCCUUCCGCCGCGACCGCCAGCUGCAAGAUUUUGUGGAAGCCACUCCGUGCCCGCGCCUGGAAGUGAUCCUCGUGUGA